ACAAAAAAAAGAAAACGAGAAAAUAGAAACAGAAGUUUAAGAGGGAACAAGAUUUGGCCAGAAACAACUACAUGAUUUGUUUGUCGUUUAAGGUUUUGAUCUGUAAGUUUUGGAAGACGAAAGAUCGAUCUUCGAAAGGAAUUUGUUCUGAUUAGAAAAGAGCUAUCUUUGGUUAGUUGCUCUUUUUGCCAUUUUGCUCAGGCAGUUUCAGCCAAAGGUAAGGCUUUCAAUGAAGAUUUGAUCAUCAUCAGAAAAAGGAGCGUUUUGGUUUAAUUAGAAGACAAAAGACGAGAUGUCAUCAUCAAACUCUCCUUGCGCGGCUUGCAAGUUUCUUCGUCGAAAAUGCACCCAAGAAUGCGUCUUUGCACCUUAUUUUCCACCAGACAAUCCCCAAAAAUUCGCCAACGUUCACAAGGUAUUCGGUGCCAGCAAUGUAGCCAAACUUUUAAACGAACUCAACGCUUCCCAACGUGAAGACGCUGUUAACUCUUUAGCCUAUGAAGCUGAGGCUCGUCUCCGAGACCCUGUCUAUGGCUGUGUUGGCCUCAUCUCCAUCUUACAACACAGGCUUAAACAAAUGCAACAUGAUCUUAACAAUGCCAAGAAAGAACUGUCUACUUAUAUUGGUCCUCAAGCUAUGCUUCCUAUUUUACAACCGCCAGGUUUUUUGCAACAACAUGUUGGGAACGCUUCUUCUCCAACUGUGAUGCAACAUAACAUGAUGCCACCGAUGGGGUUUCCUAUAGCUGCGGCGGCUUCGGCUUCACAUGGGGGGCAGUUGGUGAUAAGGGAACCACAACAACAGCAACAGAUUUUUGAGGCUCAACAACAAUUGGCUGCGGUGAUAGCUGCAAGGGAACAACAAGAAAUGUUUAGAGGUUAUGAACAGCAAUAUAAUCAGGGUCAACAGCAAGAGAUUGUGAGGUUUAAUAGUGGGUUUGAAGGGGCUAAUUCAGUCAUUGCGACUGGGUUUAAUCAGAUAACAACAGCAGCUACCAUGUCACCUUCAUUGACUUUAGGGAGUUUUGAUAACCUUUAUCAGAUUCAGACACAACAACAAGAUCAUCAUCAUUCUCAUGUUGGUCAUCCACUCCAACCACAGCUUUUGCUUCAGCCACAAGGGCAACAGCAGCAACAGGCACAGCAAAAUCAACAGCUACAUCCACAGCAAAGUUCAGGAAGCGAGGAGGGUAGGAGUAUUGGUCCUUCUUGUUGAAUAAAAAAUGAAAUCUCUUUUUUUCUUGUUCUGUUUGCAGAUGGGGUGCCUGCUUUCCCGCAUUUUCAUUAAAGCAAAUUUUCAUUCUAGCUGAUAUCUUUCGCAUACAACAAGUGAACAACAAAGAAAGAAAGAAAUAGGAGUGAGUUUACCUCAGAUAUCUAAAGUCAGCAUUGGAAUUUUGGGUUUUGAUAUAGAGCUCCUUGCAUUGGAACAUAACAUUAAAAAAAUUGGUGGGAUCUACUUUGGUCUUUAGGAGUAAACUUUUCGUCUUUUGGUUUAGUAGAGAAGUUGAUAUGAGAAAUCGUUUCUCUAAAUUUUUUGUUUCACUUUGAAUUCACUACUCAAUACUGCAGUUAUCAGCUUAGAAUACAUAUAGCCAUUCUUCAUGUGAAUGUUGUUGCAGAAACCAUAAAGCUAUGCUUCAAUUUUACAUUUUGGAUUAACUGCAACAUCUUUUUCAUAUUUGAAGCUCAUGGAGUUUUAAUAUGCACAUGACGAGAUAAAACCUUUUUUUUCAUAUUUUUAGUCGAACUAAAAUCUAAAAGUUGAGAAUCCCAAUCUUAACUAAUUAAUUAUUCAAUUAAGACAGUAAUAACAAUUUUUUACCUCGAAGAGAAGGUCAUUACUUGAAGUAGAAAAUCAAGGAGAGAACUACAAUCAUAUAUUUACAUGCAGUCAAUAAAUUUGGGCUAAGAUGAUGGCAUGAAAGAUAAAGGGGAGAAGGGUAUCUAACCUAAAAUAAAAAAUGGGUUUGCUGUUAUGAUCAGACUUCAGAAUGGAGACAGAAAGGAAGAAAAUGUAUUAAUUAUCCUACUUUUUAAUUUACUCGCCAUAGAAUAAUUGAAGAUUU